UAUUAGUCUCAUGGUCAAACGUUCGAAAACCCUACUCUAAUCUUUUGCGUUUGAUGUCGUAUUCGUGACGUAGACGCAGACGCUGAAAAAAUGUACCCAUUUCGUGCCGGCACGGUGACGCGGCGGUUCCAGAAUAGCCGCGAGCGAGGGUCGCUCCAGUGCGCGGCGCGAUGUCUCCGCGUGCGCUUGCGCUGCUUCUGAUGUGCGCGCACGUGUGCGCACAAGAUUUACGGAUAGGCGUGGUGGAGCAGGAGCCGGUGGCGGCGCAGCGGCUGGCGGCGGCGGUGGAGGCGGCGCUGCAGGAGGGCGCGGCGCUGGUGGCGCCCGUGGAGCCCGACGAGCCGCUGGCCGUGCCGGCGCACGUGUGCGCGCAGGCCGGGGAGGAGGUGGCGGGCGUGGUGAGCGGCGGCUCGGCGCGCGCGGCGGCGCUGGGCGCGGCGGCGGCGGCGCGCGCGGGCCUGCCGCUGCUGCUGGUGGCGCCCGCGCCGGCCGACGCGUCCUGGGAGGCGCUCGCUAUGUACCCGCACCCCGACGUUCUCGCUAUGGCAUGCGCGGACUUGUGCGAGGCCAAGGGCUGGAGCAGCGCGGUGCUGCUGCACGAGGGCAGCGCCGCGGGCGCGGCCGGCGUGGCGCCCGACGCCGCGCGCCUCACGCUGCUGCCGCGCCAGCUGCCGCCGCCGCACGAGGAGGCGCUGCUCAGGAACCUUCUCCUGAUACUGAAGAAGUCCGGUGCGACGAACUUCAUCAUCUGGUGCUCGGCGGAGUGCGCGGUGCGCGUGCUGGACGCGGCGCAGCGCGUGGGGCUGCUGGCGGCGCGCCACUCCUACGUCGUGCUCACGCUCGACCUGCACACGCAGCCCACGGCCGACUUCAGCCACGGCGGCGCCAACAUCACCACGUUCCAACUGUACGAUCUCAAUUCAACGGAAGUGACGUCGACGAUUGAAGCGUGGAGCGCCGCCUACGCGCGGCGUCUCGGUGACGAGGAAGAUGCGUCGAGUGCAUCGGAAGCUCCGCCGGUGGCGCUGCUGCUGGCCUACGACGCGUCGCGCCUCGUGGCCGAAACUUGGCAGAGGCUGCAGCUGCCGGCGGCGGGCGCCGGCGACUGCGCCGCGGGCACGGGCGCGUUCCACGCGGACACGGUGCUGAACUACGUGCGCUCGGAGGAGUGGGCGGGCGGCGCGGCGUGGGAGGCGGACGGCGCGCGGCGCGACGUGCGGCUGCGCGUGGUGGAGCUGGCGCGCGGCGGCGCGCUGACGCACGUGGCGCUGUGGGCGCCGCGCAGCGCCGUCGUCUGGCAGCGCCCCGUCGUGCACACCGCGCCUCCCCCUCAGGACUCCAUGACCAACAGAACCUUCACUGUGCUCAUCGCCAUCAACGAUCCAUACGUAAUGGAAAAGAAAUCUACGGAACGUCUAUCUGGAAACGACCGAUACGAAGGUUUCUGCAUCGAGCUGAUCGACCAGCUGGCGAAGCUGCUGCAGUUCAACUAUACUUUCGUGGAGCAGGAGGACGGCGAUUAUGGCAAAUACAACAACAUCACGCGCCAGUGGACUGGCAUGAUGCGGCGCCUCAGAGACGACCCUGACAUAGACUUCGCGAUCACGGACCUGACGAUCACGGCGGAGCGCGAGCGCGGGGUGGACUUCACCACGCCCUUCAUGAACCUCGGCAUCAGCAUCCUGUUCCACACGCCGCUGCCGCCCGAGCCCGAGCUGUUUGCGUUCCUCUUGCCUUUCUCUAACGGAGUGUGGCUGUGCCUGGGAUUCGCAUACUUGGGCUCGUCGUUGGUGCUGUACGUGGUGGGGCGGCUGUGCCCCGAGGAGUGGCAGAACCCUUACCCGUGCGUGGAGGACCCGCCCGCCCUCGAGAACCAGUUCACGCUCGCCAACGCGCUCUGGUUCAACCUGGGCGCCGUGCUGCUGCAGGGGUCCGAGAUAGCUCCAGUUGCGUACGGGACGCGCGCAGUGGCGAGCAUGUGGUGGCUGUUCGCGCUCGUGAUCACGAGCUCGUACACGGCGAACCUGGCCACGCUGCUGGCCAAGACCACCUCCACCGAGCUCAUCCACAACGUGCAGGAGCUGGCCGAGAACGAGCACGGCAUCACCUACGGCGCCAAAUUGGGCGGCUCCACCUACACCUUCUUUGAACAAUCUCAAAACCCGCUUUAUCAAAAGAUGUUCCAGCAAAUGCGUUCGCAGAAGAUGCCAGAAAAGAAUGAUAUAGGUAUCCAAAAAGUCGUAGAAGGAAACUACGCGUUUUUAAUGGAGUCCACAAGCAUUGAGUACACAAUCGAGCGUAACUGCGAGACGACUAAGAUCGGCGACUUGCUUGAUAGCAAAGGUUACGGAAUUGCAAUGAAAAAAAACUCGGCGUACCGCAACUCAAUGAACUUGGCGUUGCUGAACCUGCAGGAGGCGGGCGUGCUGCGCGAGAUGAAGCACAAGUGGUGGAAGGAGAUGCACGGCGGCGGCGCGUGCAAUACGGUGGAAGACCGCGAGAGUUCCGAGCUGCGGAUCCAGAACUUCUUCGGGCUGUUCCUGGUGCUGAUCGUGGGCUGCGUGCUGGGCGUGCUGCUGUCGUGCUGCGACCUGGCGUGGGCGGCGGCGCGCCACCCGCGCGACCCCGCCGCGCCCUACUUCGCGCGCUUCUGGCAGGAGCUGCGCUUCGUCUUCCGCUUUGAGCAGAGCGAGAAACCAGUGCAGGGUCCGUUGAUCGAGUCACUGCCGUCGUCGGCGCACACGGGCUCGGCGGAGCCGGAGCCGGAGCCGGAGGAGGAGGCGACGCCGGAGCCGCCGCGCGCCGCGUCGCAGCAGCCGCGCGCGCGCCGCCGCUCCUCCAUGCACGCCGCCAGCGUGCGCCUCGCGCGCCACGCCACGCGCCGCGACUCGACGCCUGUCAAGCAUGACUCUUAGCCACUGCCGGAAAAAUCUCGGGAUUUUUCUCGGGGCACAAUACGUUUAUGCUUAUUUCUUUCUUCAAAAAACGAUUGACUAUGUUUUAGGUACGACGAUAGACAUACUUACCUACUUAGAUUAAAAUAUUUUCAAAUAUUAUAAGUGAAAAAAAUAACUUAAAGCCAAAAUUAUUAUUGUUUUACACUCUAAACUCUAUUCAAUUGAUUUUUGUUUUUACUAGUGUAUAAUUACCCUAACAGUGCAAAAAGAAAUGCUGUGUAUACCUGUAAUUGACGUAUCAUGUGUUAAACCAUGUUAAAAUGUAUGAACUAUAUUAACUAUGUAGGUAUGUGACUUUGUUGGUGUACCUAAUCUAUAUAUAUGUUACGGUUAAUGUGAUAAAUUGAAAAUUAUUAAUAAUAACCGGUUAUUAUGAAUAAUUACCGACAGUGGCGGUAAAAGUGAUAAAUUAAUCACAUUUAACAGUGAUUAUUUAAUAAUUCAACCUUAGUACUAACAAAUUUCUUAAAAGAGAACAACAUGUUGUGUACGUGCUCGUGUACAGCCAAACUUUUGAACGUUUUGAUAUCAUAUAUUAAUAUAAUUUGGCAUAAUGAGUUUGGAAUGUUUCUUGCAUAAUAUUACUUUUCCAUGAUGCCUAUAACAUAAUGUUUUGAUUUAAAGUGAAAAAUAGGUUAAGGUGCGGCGGGGGUGGCCCUUGGGCCACCCCUAAGCCGCCUAUUUAGUUUUAUACACACAUAAAUGACCUCAUAUUAAUCACAUUAACCAAAUCAUGCGGUAAUUAUUCAUAAUAACCGGCGAUUAUUCAUAAUUUUCACAUUUAUCACUUUGACCGUAACAUAUAUAAAAGAAAGUCGUGUUAGUUACUCCACUUAUAACUCAAGAACGGCUGAACCGAUUUAGCUGAAAAUUGUCAGGGAGGUAGUUUAGAGCCAGGAGAAGGACAUAGGAUACUUUUUAUCCCGUUCGAAAUUAAAAAAAAGUCUGCUUAUUUAUUGCCAUUAAGGCGGAACAAAGGUCGCCGGGUCAGCUAGUAAAUAAAUAAAAUAAAAUUAAGUCAAUCAACGAGAUAAAUUGUGGGCGUUCGUGGGGGGUUUUGACCAAUAUUAAGAAAGCGUAGUCUUAGGUACGUUUUAAUUUAGUUUCAAAAUGUACCUACUUAAGUAAGUUAAGUUAUAGUAUAGUAAGGUGUAGUCAAUAAACCAAGAGCUUCCUCGUUGUGGAUAAAAAAAAUCAUCAAAAUUAAGAAAAUAUUAAAUAAAUACAUAU